GGGACUCCCCUCUCCCAGUCUCUCCCCUCCUCCUCCCUCCUCCUCUCCUCUCCUCUCACAUCCCAAUUCACGGGCGCGGCAUCCGAUUUAAUCUCGCAUCCGGGCCCGACCCGCCUCGCCGUUGCCUCUGCCCCGGGCUUCUCCGCGCGAGGAAUGGUGGCGUCUAGCUGUCUUCUUGGGAGCUAGGCAAGCGGUAGGUGCGGUGCGCCUCAGGCGAGCGCGGGCGGUGAUGGCGACCGCCGCGAAGGAGAGGAGGCUGCCUCCGGCGCUGCCCCUGGCCACGCUGAUUGGGCGCGAACUCCGCGCCGGGGGCUCCGAGCGCCCAACCCUGCGUUAUGGCCACGCCGGCUUCGCCAAGCGCGGGGAGGACUACUUCCUCGUCAAGCCCGACUGCCUCCGCGUCCCCGGCGAUCCCGCCUCGGCCUUCUCCGUAUUCGCCGUGUUCGACGGCCACAACGGGGUGUCGGCGGCCGUGUACAGCAAGGAGCAUUUGCUCGAGCACGUCAUGAGCGCUCUGCCGCCGGACAUCGGCCGCGACGACUGGCUCCAGGCGCUGCCGCGCGCGCUCGUCGCCGGCUUUGUCAAGGCCGAUAUCGAUUUCCAGCGCAAGGGGGAGGUGUCCGGGACGACGGCAACGCUGGUGGUCAUCGAUGGGUUCACGGUCACGGUGGCGUCGGUGGGGGACUCCCGUUGCAUCCUGGACACGCAGGGCGGCGAGGUGCAGCUGCUGACCGUCGACCACCGGCUGGAGGAGAACGAAGAGGAGCGGGAGCGUGUCACGGCCAGCGGUGGGGAGGUCGGCCGGCUGAAUCUCUUUGGUGGCCAGGAGGUCGGUCCUCUCCGGUGCUGGCCAGGUGGCUUAUGCCUUUCAAGAUCCAUCGGAGACAUGGAUGUUGGGGAGUUCAUUGUGCCCAUUCCACAUGUCAAGCAAGUGAAGCUAUCAAAUGUCGGAGGAAGGCUAAUAAUAGCAUCAGAUGGCAUAUGGGAUGCGCUAUCCAAUGAAGCAGCUGCAAAGGCGUGCCGAGGAUUGCCUGCAGAACUGGCUGCAAAGCUUGUGGUUAAGCAAGCUCUGAAAACAAGUGGGCUGAAGGAUGACACCACCUGUGUAGUAGUUGACAUCAUCCCAUCUGAUCAUUUGACAUCACCGCAAUUGUCUCCAAAGAAAAAUCAGAACAAGUUGAAGUCACUUCUUUUUCGUAGAAGGUCGCAUAGUUCAGUUGGAAAGCUUGGUGGCAAGUCUGCCUCAUUUGGUUCUGUGGAGGAGUUAUUUGAAGAAGGAUCUGCAAUGUUAGAAGAAAGGUUGGGUAGGAAUUUGUCCUUGAAAGCAGCUUCACCACCUUUUCGCUGUGCAAUCUGCCAAGUAGACCAAGAACCAUUUGAAGGUUUGAUGACAGAUAAUGGAGAUGGUUACUGCUCUUCCCCAUACGCGCCAUGGGGCGGUCCAUAUCUUUGUUUGGACUGUCGGAAAAAGAAAGAUGCAAUGGAAGGUAAAAGAUCUAGCCACUCUACAGCAUGCAGGUGAAACUAAACACGACUCUGGUUAAGUCAAACCUGCUGCUCAGUGCAAAAACUGAAGAGAGGAUGAUAAGUUGCUGGAUCCAAUUAUAAUUGCUUGCUGAAACUAACUGUAUUCGUACAAAACAUAUUUGGCUGCUAAGCGCUAACCAGUUUGUUGUCUACGUGCAACCUCGAUUGAAAAGUUCGAUAUUCUUGAGGAAAUAGCUCAUAUAACUUGGAGCUUGUAGUUUUUGGUGUACCUUCUAGUGUGCAUUGUGUAGGGGGAAAAUCCCCCCUGCCAAAUGUUGUCAUUUCUUUCUUUAAAAUAGCUAAUGAGGGUGCUCUUUGGAUUAAUCGUGGAACAGAUUUUUGCUGGAAUGGAAGUAAACAUAUACUCUACUUAUGUGUAAACACUGUAAUCACCUUUUCUUA